AUGGCCGACUUCGUCUUGCUGGGUGCUAACAACUUCCGCCCGUUCACUCGAGAAUCUUUGGCUGCCAUUGAGAAACGCAUUGCGGCCAAGAAAGAAAGCAAAGACCCGCCCCCUGAAGAGAAGCCCCGCCCUCAGCUUGACCUUCAGGCAUUCCAGAAGCUGCCUGCCCUCUAUGGAAAUCCUCCUUCAGAGCUCAUUGCAGAGCCCUUGGAAGAUCUUGAUCCGUACUACCACGAUCACAAGACGUUUUUGGUGCUGAACAAAGGGAAAACCAUCUUCCGGUUUACCGCCACACGUGCUUUGUACGUCUUCAGCCCUUUUCAUUCACUCCGACGGAAGGUGAUCAAAGUUUUGGUACAUCCAUUGUUCACUAUGUUUAUCAUGGUUACAAUUUUAACCAAUUGUGUCUUCAUGGCUCUUUCGGAAUCUCCAGAAAAAACAGAAGAAUCUCGGUGGUCUAAGUAUGUGGAGUACACUUUCACAGGCAUUUAUACUUUUGAAUCAAUAAUCAAAAUAUUGGCAAGAGGCUUCUGCUUGAACGAGUUUACCUUCCUCCGCGACCCGUGGAACUGGCUGGAUUUCAGUGUUAUUGUGAUGGCGUUUGUGGGAGAGUUUACUCAGCUAGGCAACGUUGCUGUUCUUCGCAUGUUCCGGGUGCUGAGAGCUUUAAAAACAAUUUCCAUCGUCCCAGGUCUGAAAGUCAUUGUAGGUGCGCUUGUCCAAUCCGUUAAGAAACUUGCAGAUGUGAUGAUCCUGACUGUUUUCUGUCUGAGUGUCUUUGCCCUCAUUGGCCUUCAACUCUUCAAGGGACACUUGAGACACAAAUGUGUCAAAAACUACACCGAAUAUCUCCGUGAGAACAACGUAACAGAGUUUCCUGUGGGAAGCGAUGUUCUAAGCGAAUGGAACCUGUCAUCAUAUGAGGAUUUCAUCCACCAAACAGCCAAUUACAAAAUCAAAAAUCACACCAAGGAUUUUUUACUGUGUCAUAACGGUACAGAGGCUGGCUCCUGUCCGGCAACAUAUGUAUGUCUGAAAGUUGGAGAUAAUCCUGAUGAAGGAUUUACAAGCUUUGAUGCUUUUGGCUCGGCUUUUCUUUCCUUGUUCCGCCUCAUGACACAAGAUUACUGGGAACGCCUCUAUCAACAGACUCUCAGAGCUGCCGGGAAGAUCUAUAUGCUGUUUUUUGUACUUGUCAUCUUCUUGGGAUCAUUUUAUCUGGUCAACUUGAUCUUAGCCGUGGUCACAAUGGCAUAUGAAGAACAGAGCAAAGCCACGAUUGCUGAAACGGAGGCAAAAGAGAGACAAUUUCGUGAAGCCAUGGAAUUGCUGAAGAAGGAGCAUGAGGAAUUAACUGCUAAAGAAGAUGACAGCCUGUCUCAUAGUUCAUUGGAUGCGUCGCCGGUAGCAUCCAAAGAGGUUAAAGAAAGAAGUAACAGAAGAAAGAAAAAGAUGUCCCAGGGCAUGGAAGGUUAUUGGGAAGAUCCCAAAAUCCCUCCAUCACAGUCUAUUGACAGCCAUCGCAAAUCGGCUUUGUUUAGCCAUAGUUACAGCCCUAGUUCGAACCCAACGAAGCGUCGUCUGAGUCAUGGAAGUGUGUUCAGUUUCCAUCUUUCUGGACGAGAGCCAGGCUCAAGGCCUGAAUAUGGGGAGGAGGAAUCUAGUAGUAUUGGAGAUGCCGAGAUCCAGCGUGGUUCAUUGCUAGCUGCACGAAUGGGGAGACGGCCAAGCGUCCAAAGUCAAGUCAGUUACGGUCCUCAUCCCAUGACUCCAAACUACAUGCAGCCUGGCAAAUGGACCGCAGGAGAUGAUUGCAACAGGAUCGUCUCAUCGAUGGGAGGCAGCGGCACAAAGUCGUUUAGCCCAGACCCUCUUUUGGGCGAAGGGCUGUUGCUUCCUCCUGUGAGGAAAAUCCCUGGCAGAGGUGAUCUGACCUCUUCGUAUGAUGAAGCCAACAAGUUGCUUCGAUCCCAGCGUCUAUCAGUGGACCAUUAUAAUCAGCCGCUCCAAAGAGAAAGGGCAGCAAGUGCCGUCAGCAUUAUCACCAGCGCUUUAGAAGAACUGGAAGAAUCCAAACGUAAAUGCCCACCAUUCUUGCACGAAUUGGCCCUCAAAUACCUUGUUUGGAACUGUUGCCCGCUGUGGUUGAAAAUAAAGAAGAGAGUGAAUGCUUUUGUUACGGAUCCAUUCACUGACCUCGUGGUUACCCUUUGCAUUGUGGUGAAUACUCUUUUCAUGGCGCUAGAACACUAUAGAAUGACCACUGGUUUCAAGACCAUGCUGUCAACAGGUAACACGGUUUUUGCAGGGAUUUUUACGGCAGAAAUGGUCCUGAAAAUCAUUGCGAUGGAUCCUUAUCAUUACUUUCAGCAGCGAUCUAAUAUCUUUGACAGUGUGAUUGUUUUCUUGAGCCUUGUGGAGCUGCUCAUACCCAAAGAAACGGCCAAAGGAAAAAGUCGGGGGAAAGGAAGCCUGACGGUUUUACGGUCCUUGAGGCUGCUGCGAGUCUUUAAGUUGGCAAAGUCCUGGCCAACCUUAAAUACCCUUAUCAAAAUAAUUUUAAACUCGGUGGAUGCUUUGGGCAACCUCACCCUCGUUCUGGCCAUUAUCGUCUUUAUUUUUGCGGUUGUUGGAAUGCAGCUGUUUGGGAGCAGCUAUCGGAAGAAGUAUGGUAAUGUAACAGACGACUCCCAGAAAGCACGAUGGCACAUGAUGGAUUUUUUCCAUUCCUUCCUCAUUAUCUUCCGAAUUCUCUGUGGAGAAUGGAUUGAAACAAUGUGGGAUUGCAUGACGAUCUCUUAUCAGCCGCUGUGCCUGCUAGUCUUCUUGCUGGUCAUGGUGAUUGGAAAUUUAGUGGUUCUCAAUUUAUUCAUUGCAUUGCUGCUGAACUCCUUCAGUGCAGACAACCUCCAACUGCCAGAGGACGACAAAGAAAUGAACAAUCUUCAGAUCGCUUUUGCUCGAAUCCACAAAGGAAUUAACAUUGCAAAACACACCAUGUUGGCUUUCUGUUUGAAAGCGCUCAGGUACCCACGGAAAGUGUCACAAAAAAAGAUCAAAUGUGAUUUGGAGAAAAACCAGGCGGAGCAUAGAAAAGAUGGCAAAGUUGCCAACGAGAUUCAUGGGAGCCGAGAGAAUGAGAAAAAUGGGGAGAGGCGCACGGCUGAUAUUCUCGAUGAUUUCAUUACCAAUCCCAGGAUGUUUGUCUGUGUUCCCAUCGCCGAGGCGGAGUCGGAUAGUGAAGAUUCUGAAGAUGCUGGAGAUAAGCAAGGUGCCGUUGUGGACAUAGACUAUAAUAAGCAGGAAACCCAGUUGCGAAUGAGAGGAGACCGGAGCAAGAACUCUGACGCCUGGAGCUGGACAUCUGAACUCUCAUCUCCUGGGGAACUAAGCAUUCAGUGGAAAGCGGAGUGUUCCUCACUAGAGCAAAAAGAGGCGCAGUUGUGCUUGGCUGAAAGGAAAACUCCGCACUGUCAUUUUGUUUUCCAGAAGUCUGAUAGUACCAGUUGUUCAGAGGGCAGCACUGUGGACUUAAUAGAUCCUGAGGAACUGAUGAAGAAUAAUCGUGAACUAACUGAAAACUUAAAGGAGCCACAUGAUUGUUUCCCAGAAAGAUUUACACGUCAUUUUCCUUGGUCUUCGGUAAACCCCACAAAGUUCCCAGGCAAAAUGUGGUGGAAUCUAAGAAAGACAUGCUACCAAAUUGUCGAACACAACUGGUUUGAAAGCUUCAUUGUGUUCAUGAUUCUGCUGAGCAGCGGAGCUUUGGCAUUUGAAGACAUACACUUGAGUAAGAGAGGCAAUAUUAAAACUAUGCUAGAAUAUGCAGAUAAGAUAUUCACAUACAUCUUUAUCCUCGAGAUGCUGUUGAAAUGGGUGGCUUACGGAUUCUACAAAUACUUCACAAAUGCUUGGUGCUGGCUCGAUUUCCUAAUUGUAGACGUCUCCUUAGUAACUCUCAUAGCAAAUUUGGUUGGAAAAUCAGACAUGGGUCCCAUGAAAUCCCUCCGGACCUUACGAGCUUUGAGGCCGUUAAGAGCCCUGUCGCGAUUUGAAGGGAUGCGGGUGGUGGUCAAUGCUUUGGUAGGAGCUAUCCCUUCCAUCAUGAACGUUCUCUUGGUCUGCCUAAUUUUUUGGCUUAUCUUCAGCAUCGUGGGAGUCAACCUUUUCUCGGGGAAGUUUGGGAAAUGUGUUAACUUUACUGAAGAGAAUUCCGUUUUAAGCAGUGACAUUAAAAACAGGUCCGAUUGUGAGAAAUAUAAUGACACUAAAAAAAUCUACUGGACAAGAGUUAAAGUGAACUUCGAUAAUGUCGGAUCUGGUUAUUUGGCCCUCCUUCAAGUGGCAACAUUCAAAGGUUGGAUGGAUAUAAUGUAUGCAGCAGUUGAUGCGACAGGGGACGAACACCAGCCCAUUUUUGAAAAUAGUCUAUAUAUGUAUCUCUAUUUUGUCAUUUUUAUCAUCUUUGGAUCUUUCUUCACUAUGAACCUUUUUGUUGGGGUGAUUAUUGACAAUUUUAAUCAACAAAAGAAAAAGAUAAGAGGAGAGGACAUCUUUAUGACAGAAGAGCAGAAAAAAUACUAUAACGCCAUGAAAAAACUGGGAUCCAAGAAACCCCAAAAACCCAUCCCAAGACCCCUGAACAAAUACCAAGGAUUCAUUUUCGACAUUGUAACCCGCCAGGCUUUUGAUGUCACAAUCAUGAUCCUCAUUUGCCUUAAUAUGGUCACUAUGAUGGUGGAGACGGACGACCAACCCGAAAAGAAGACGCUGGUCCUAAACAAAAUCAAUAUUCUCUUUAUCACCAUCUUCACGGCUGAGUGUGUCAUGAAGAUGAUCGCUCUGAGAUACUACUUCUUCACUAACGGAUGGAAUAUCUUUGAUCUGGUGGUUGUGAUCAUGUCCAUUGUUGGCAGCGUGCUUUCUGGCCUCGUGGUUUCUUUCUCACCCACGCUUUUCCGGGUGAUCCGCUUGGUUCGGAUUGGACGAAUACUCAGGCUCAUUCGAUCUGCCAGAGGAAUCCGGACUCUCCUUUUUGCCCUGAUGAUGUCCCUUCCGGCCCUGUUCAAUAUCGGCCUCUUGCUUUUCUUGGUCAUGUUCAUUUAUGCUGUUUUUGGCAUGGCUAACUUUGCCUAUGUUGUAAGGGAGGCUGGCAUUGACGACAUGUUCAAUUUCGAAACUUUUGGGAACAGCAUGCUCUGUCUCUUCCAAAUCACCACUUCUGCCGGCUGGGAUGGACUCCUCAGCCCCAUUUUAAACACAGGUCCACCCUACUGUGACCUGACACGUGAUGUCCCUUCAACUUUCUCCAGGGGAGACUGUGGGAACCCUGCAGUAGGCAUCAUAUUCUUUGUGACAUACAUCAUUAUAUCUUUUCUCAUAGUUGUGAACAUGUACAUAGCUGUUAUUUUAGAGAACUUCAAUGUUGCAACAGAGGAGAGCACUGAACCUUUAGGCGAUGAUGACUUUGAAAUGUUUUACGAAGUGUGGGAGAAGUUUGAUCCUAAAGCGACCCAGUUCAUUACAUACUCUAAACUGUCGGACUUUGCAAAUACUCUGGCAGAGCCUUUGCGCAUACCUAAGCCAAACAAACUGGAACUGAUGACAAUGGACCUUCCCUUGGUGAGCGGUGAGAAGAUUCACUGCUUGGACAUUCUGUUUGCCUUCACCAAAAGGGUGCUCGGAGACUCUGGGGAAAUGGACACUCUUAAGGUAAAUAUGGAGGAAAAGUUCAUGGCUGCCAACCCGUCCAAGGCUUCUUACGAACCCAUCUCCAUCACGCUCAGACAGAAGCAGGAGGAGGCAUCUGCCACGGUUAUCCAGAGGGCGUUUCGGGGUCAUUUACUCCAACGUUCCAUGAAGCAGGCCUGUUUCUUACACCGUCAGGAAAAUUGUGAUGGCGACAUCCUUGAAGAAGAUGCUCCAGAGAAAGAAGGUCUCAUUGCACUGAUGAUGGAUGAAAAUUAUAUCAGAAAUCCAGACAAAUCCAAAACACCCUCCAUACAAUCUUUCCCUCCAUCCUACAGUAGUGUUACUGGAGCCAUGGAUGAUGGUCCAGAGAAGGAAACAACAGAUUCUCAAAAGAUGUAUGAACCUAAGGACAGACAGCUGUUUGCAGACAAAGGCAGGGAGUCCAACAUGUAA